AUGGGCAUCCAGCUGAAGCGCGUGGAGGUCAUCGCCGACGACGAGGACGAGAUCGUCGAGGCCGUGCGGCGCAUGAGCGACAAGUACGACUUCGUCGUGACCAGCGGAGGAAUCGGGCCCACGCACGACGACAUCACGUACCAAUCGAUCGCGAAAGCGUUCGACCUGGAGCUAAAAUUCCACGAAGCCGCGUUCGCGCGCAUGAAGCGGCUGUCGAAGCCCGAGCAGGCCAAGCCGGACUUCGACUGGGACACGCCGUCGGCGACGCUGACGGCGCGGCUGCGCAUGGUGCACAUCCCCACGGACGCGACGCGGCCGCUCGCGGAGCAGUCGCUGUUCGUCGACGACGACCUGUGGAUCCCCGUCUCCAUCGUGCACGGCAACGUGUACAUCCUGCCGGGCGUUCCGUCGCUGUUCGAGCGCCUGCUGCUGCGUCUGAAGCCCGUCCUGCUGCCGAAGUUGAUCGAUCCCGAGGGGAAGGGGAUCCAUCGGUUUCUCUUUGCGACGCCGCUGUAUGAGAGUACCGUGGCGCCGUAUCUGACGGAACUCGCCGAGCGGGUGGCGCCCAGAGGGCUGAAGGUGGGGAGCUAUCCGAGAUGGGGGAAGAAGAGGAAUACUGUGACGCUGGUGGGGACGGAUCUGGAGUAUAUGGAGAGUUUGGUUGGGGAGAUUGAGAAGAAUGUGCAGGGGAGAAUGGUGAUGAAAGAGGACGAAGAUGAUGAUGUUGAUGCGCCGAAUGGGGAAAAGUAG